UACAAAUUCAUUUUCUCUGUCGUAAUGUCCCAAUCCCACGUUAACGUGCCCUCUCAUUUAUUACCUCAAUACCUCCUGUCAGGUAUAUGGGAUUCUUCCGCCGCUAAACCACUGUUCGGGACAGAGGACGGAGCCCCAUUUGCGCCGUAACUCAGGCCAUCAUGGAUCGCUUUAGAAGGCAUCCGGCGGUGGCGGCAUCCCCAGCAAAAAACCCUGACCACAUAGGACGAUCAGUAAUAGGAGCUUUGCAGAGAAUUGGCCUUUCUCAUAAAACAAGAUCCAAAAUAGAAGAAGCUUUAGAUACCCCACAAGAUAUCAAAGGGCCGCUCGGACUUAAUCUCAUCCAUGACGUCCCAAAGCCUCUAAUAGACUUUAUUUUUGUCCAUGGUCUCGGUGGCGGCUCUCGGAAAACAUGGUCUAUGUCACCCGAUCCAAUGCAUUACUGGCCAAAGGAAUGGUUGCCACUAGAUCCUAAUUUUCGCCAUGUACGCAUACACAGCUUUGGCUACAAGGCAGAUUGGGAUGAGAGGAAAGAGAGCACACUGACAGUCCAUGACUUUGCCCGAUCUUUGCUAGGCGAGGUUAAAUGCAGCCCUGAUAUCCGUGGAAAUAAGACGAAAAUUGUCUUCGUUGCACAUAGCAUGGGUGGAAUUGUCAUAAAAAAGGCUUAUCUACUUGCUCGAGAAGACCCGCAGUUACGAGACUUGACUCGUCGUAUCCACAGUCUUUAUUUUUUGGCGACACCCCAUCGAGGUUCUCACUUAGCAAAGACAUUGUCAAACAUCCUCCAAAUAUCCAUUGGACCAGUUUCCUAUGGCGCAAAGCCCUUUGUUGCAGAAUUAAACCGCACUUCCGAAACGAUCAUUUCUAUCAAUGACAGUUUCCGACAUUUCGCAGAAGAUCUUCAACUCUGGUCGUUCUACGAAACAAUCCCGAGCACAAUCAUAGGCGUAGAUACAAUGAUUGUCGACAAAUCAUCGGCCACCCUUGGCUAUGCAAAGGAACAUUCAUCACUUUUAAAUGCUAAUCAUCGUGGUGUGUGUAAGUUUGAUUUAAAGACCGAUCCAAAUUAUCAGACACUUCGCAGGUCUUUCAUUACCACAAUAGACUUGAUUUUAUUAGAAGCUUCUCAGGCUUCGUCUGACGUCUUAGAACUGCAGCGACAGCAGCUCAUAAAAUUCACGGGGGUGGCUGAGCCACCCAUUGGGGAUCUAUCAACUCUAGAAAAUAUACGAGUUGCCGGUUCUGGCGGGUGGCUAUUGUCCAAUGAAGUCUAUAUCUCCUGGAGGGGAGAUGAGGACGCCAAGCGACGCAUUUUUUGUCUUUCUGGAAAGCCAGGUUCGGGUAAGUCUGUUUUGUCCAGCCAAGUAAUCACCGAUCUUCGAGACCGCGAAUUGAAAUGCUGCUUUUAUUUCUUCAGGCGUGGCAAUGCUACAAAAUCAACAAUUUCCGGAUGUCUACGAUCUUUAGCUUAUCAAAUGGCAAACAAUGACAAUACGAUACUGAAGAGAUUAUGCGAAUUUAAGCAAGAAUCUACUUCGUGGGAACAGUGGGAUGAAAGGACGAUUUGGCAAAAGUUGUUUCUUGGGUGCAUAUUCAAAGAUCACAGCUCAAAUAUUCACUUCUGGGUAAUCGAUGCUCUAGAUGAGUGCCGUUUUCUUCCACUCAUUCUCUCUUUAUUCGCCGAAAUCCCUCAACACUUAAGGAUAUUCAUAACCUCGGGCAAGUCUCCUGAGCUCGACAACUGCUUGGCCAACAUCACGCAUUUUACUGAGCACUACCAAGUUAAAGCUGUUGAUACACUUAAAGACCUAGAAAUCUUUAUUGAUUCAAAAAUACAUCUUCUUCCUGCUAGCGACGAGAAUGGGCAGCGGCUUUUGAAGCAGCGAAUACUUGCCAAAGCAUCUGGAUCGUUUCUAUGGGUUUCUUUGGUAGUGAAAGAGCUACAGCAGGCAUAUUCAGAGGAAAGCGCCGAGGAUAUUCUGAGCGAUUUGUCGACAGAUAUGAACGAAUUCUACGCUGGGAUGCUAGAAACCGUUUCCGCUAAAGGCCUUCGCACUACGACACUUGCAAAGGCCGUCUUUAUGUGGGCUUUAUUGUCAUCUCGCCCAUUGAAAGUUGAUGAGCUACAACUUGUGAUUAAGCUGGAUAUAAACCAGACUGUUCACAAUCUUAGAAAAUUCAUUUCUGCAAUAUGUGGCCAGCUGUUAUCCGUCAAUCAAAAAGAUGAGGUUGAAGCUAUUCAUCAAACCGCCAAGUCAUUUUUGUUACAACAGCAUAAUUUGCCUAACCUUAAGCUAGAGCAAAUAAGUAGCCAUACUCGAAUAGCCCAGAUAUGCCUUCAAAUCUUAACAGAAGACAUGCAGCAAUGGCAGACGAAAGGAGGCCUAAAAGAUGUCACAAGGGCACAAUUCCUAGAAUACGCUUGCGAGUAUUUCUCAGAUCAUAUCAAUGGAUGUUCAUCACAGGAUCCAACCAUAUGGGAUGCCCUUUUGAAGUUCUUAGACAACAAUCUUCUUUUAUGGAUAGAACAUCUCGCAGAAAAGAGAAAGUUGGGCCAUAUUACGCAAACUGCACAUAAUCUGCAAGCAUACUUGCAGCGCCGCAUCAAAUGUCUGCCACCACUAUCUCCACCCACGGAAAGACUCGAAGUCUGGAUAACAGAUCUAAUUAGACUCAGCGCAAAAUUCGGUCCAAAUAUUGAUAUUUCACCAUCGUCAAUACGUGACAUAAUCCCACAAAUGUGCCCAGUGGAGUCUCUCAUUUCGAAGACUUACAGAUCUACUCAACCUGGAUUAUGCAUAAAGGGGGAAUUAGACGAUAUUUGGGAUGAUUGCUUGGUUAGAAUCCACUACCCGACUCAUACAACCACCGCAGUCGCCUAUGGAAAGCACUAUAUAGCGGUGUCAGCAUCGGAUGGCACUAUAUUCCUCUAUGAUAAGGAGUCAAACUACGAAAAAUACAUGGUAGACCAUGGCGAAAGGCCAAAGGCUAUUAUUUUUAGCAGCAAGGACGAAUACAUGGCUUCGAGCGGUCUACGAAAAGUGAAGGUCUGGGACACGGCAGAGAAGACCCAAGUUUGGAGUUUUGAUACGGACCACGAAGCCCUAACUCUUCUUUUUAUUGACGACAAUGCUACUUUAAUUGCCGCCACUAAAGGCAACUACAUAAUCACCUGGGGAUUACUUGAUGGGACCGAAAUAGAGCGCUGGCAAUGGACGGACAGCAUACACAGUACAGCUCCCUUUCCAAAUCCAUGUCAGGUACCAAGAAAGGCAUUAUUCUCUCCGGAUUCUACAACCUUGAUUGUGAACUAUCGUGGCCUUCCGUUGUAUCUUUUUGCUCCGAGAACAAGGAAGUUUAUUGGCUGUUGCAGCAGAGAAGAUAUCAAACUUUUAGAUAGCCCUAAAAGUUUCGCGGAUUACAGCGUUGUCGAUGCACUUGCCUUCAAUCCAAAUCCAGAAAUCAACAAUUUAGUUGUGUCAUAUGGAUUUGGGGAGAUUGCAGUUUACGAUUUGCAUUCAGCUGACCUCUGCUUUCAAAUUCCAGAAGUGUAUGCUCACUACCUCGCAUGCUCACCUAACGGUCGCACACUCGUUACUGGGAGCGCCUGUGGCACAAUUAAAAUAUUUGAAAUUUCGGGCACUAGAGGAGAGACCCUUACAUCUAUAUACAAGAUUUGUCCUCAUGAAGAGGGUAUCCAAGGGAUUGUAUUCAGCAGCGACGGCCUCGGUUUUGCUGACAUCCUUCGUUCUCAGCUUCGUAUCUGGAAGCCAGCUGUGCUUUCCUCCAGUAAUAUGAAUGAAAGUGGUCAAAGCGAAUUUAGUCAAGCAAGUACGCUAGAGCCACUAACUGUCACCAUGCCUAAGCAUACGCUUGAAGCAGAAGUCACGGCGAUGUGCUUUCACCCAGAUGGGGAUUUUGUCUUCUGUGGAAAGCAAAACGGGGUCAUUGCCUAUUUUAAGACAGCUACUGCUACUCAGCGUGGGAUUCUAUAUUGUCAUUCAGCAAACGUCAGAAUAGUUUGCAUCGCCUACAUUAAGGAGAAUUCUCUUCUUAUUACUGGGGAUGAAGCUGGCCGUGUGCUUCUAACAAACAUCGAUGUUUCACAGCUUGAGUGCAAAACAGGCUCUGAAAUCGCGGAGAUACGUUUAAAAACUCCGCCGCUAGCUAUACUCGUGGCACAAUCUGGUUCUAGGAUACUCUUCAGAAGUAGGAUUUCGGCGGAGGUAUGGACCACAAAAGCCGAGAAAGUAGGUGCUACAAUACAUCACGAGAGUGACGACAAGAUGAACAUUGUGAAUCAUCCUGUCCUAACAGGGAAUUUUAUCGUUAUUGACCACAAAAGCAUGCGAAUUUAUUCAUGGGCCGAUUCGCUACAAGCAAAACUAUCCACCGACGAGACAGCACAAGCAUUAAACUUCAAUGUCACUCGUUUUUCUCAGCCUUUCCAACACCCAAUCCAAGAUUGGCAAAAUGAACAAAAGUACCAGCAGUCUUCUCGAUUCAUCGCACAUCUCUUCAAUGGAAGCGCCCAUUCUACUUCUUAUUCCGACUGCACCUCACUACAAGUAUGGCCAGCCAACAACAUCUCCGUUUUUGAUUCGUUCCCGUCGCCUAUUUCUAUCCCGGGGUUCGAUAAGAACUCGAAUAAAAUCUUGCAGAUUAUCAGCGUCGCUGGGAAUCUGAUAUUAUUCCUUGACAAAGAUUUUUGGGUUUGCAGCCUUGACAUGUCGAGAAUCACGACAAAUGGACAUGGCGUGAAGAGGCACUUUUUCUUGCUUUCGGAGUGGCAGAGAAAUUAUGAGGGGUUUAUCAUUGAAUAUCUUCCUUCGAGAUACCAGUUUGUAGUGGCAGUGAAUGGCGGUAUAGUUAUCAUAAGUAAGGGAUUGGAACUUGAGGCGCCUUGGUUCUCAUAAAUUGGAAGCUUCAAUUUCACUACAUAUCUGUUCCGGCCCAACCACGAAUAAGUGGUAUUCGCGAAUACGCUGGCCCAUUCGCGAAUAGGCUGGCCCAACCACGAAUAGGCCAACUACAAAUAGUAGAAGAGUAUAGCA